UGUAACUGGAGGUUCGCGAAGCAGUCAGGAAGUUUGUUUUUAAUUGAGAUUCAUAGAAGCGCCGAUCAUCGAGGACAAUGAAACUGUCGCGGGCAGAAUACAAUGAAAUAGCCAGGUUUACUGAACAACUCCGACCGACCCGACAGUGUGUGAAGAUGCUCAAGGACAGGUUUCCAAAUCACUUGCAGUCCACUCUGCUGAGCAUCUUCUCCCUGGAGUACCAGAAAAGAAUUAAAAGAACCAUUUCAAAGCACCAAACCUCGGAAGCAAUUGAAAACUACUUCCAAAGAUACUUGAGCCAAGUGAAGAUGCACCCUUCAUCCUCGGUCCUGCUGGGUUUAGCUAAUGAGCUGGAUAUCGCUCCUUCGCUUAUGGCACGUAUUAUCUUGGAGAGAUUUCUUCAAGAACAGGAAGAUUCUGUGUCUUCCAAGCAAGUUGUUAACGAGAUGCUACGUGAACCAUCUUUGAUUCCAGAUGACAAUCUUGCAUAUAAUGUUUACCAGUGCACAAUAAAUGACUGCUGUUAUGGACCACUGGUGGACUGCAUCAAACAUGCCAUUGGUCAUGAGUAUGAGGUCUUGCUUCGUGACAAGUUGAGGGAGAAAAACUUGUCUUUUUUAGAUGAAAACCAGUUACGAGCUAAAGGCUACGAUAAAACGCCUGACAUCAUUCUGGAGGUCCCAGUAGCUGUUGAGGGUCGAGUUGUUCACUGGAUUGAAAGCAAAGCUUCUUUUGGAGAUGAUCACAGCCAUCGCAACUACCUGAAUGAGCAAUUUUGGAGCUACUGGAAUAGGUUUGGGCCAGGAUUAGUCAUUUACUGGCAUGGCUUCAUCGAGGAGCUGGACUGCCACCGAGACAGAGGCAUCCUGCUUAAGGACUGCUUCCCCUCUGACAUUGUGACCCUGUGCCACGGAACCAGCCAGGACUGAGUGUCGAUGAGAGCGAACAUGGAGGUGAAUCCGGAAGCAAUUUUGCUUUCCUGUUCUCCUGGCAGGCAUGUGCCCUGAACUUCAGCUGAACCCCAGCUGAACUCCUGCUGCUCAGGGUCAGGCUUAAUAUCUUUUACACAAAACACAGUUCUGUUUCUGUUUAGGCUUAGCCUCAGCCCUGAAAGCACCCCAGGAUGUGUCCCAUUCCUUACUGUCCCUCUCACUCACAAAAAAAUUUGCACUACCUAAUGUAACAAUGGGUUAUUUAAAUGCUUUUUAAGCUCAGUGUUGGUUCUUAUUGCUCCUUCAUUACUGGGGUUAUUUAUGUAAAAGUUAAUGUUUUAGUUGGCCUGAAAAUGUACUGGAUGUAAUUAAUUUACUUAAAAUCUUUAAGAUGGGGGGUGCGGUGGCGCAGUGGGUUG